AAUCACUUAAGGACGACGAUGUAUUACAAAACCUACCCGUUGGGCCCACAGCAACCAUGUAUUUUAGGGACCUGGGCCCACAGAUCGGGUGGACAAUGGUGUUUUUAGCGGAGUACAUUGGCCCCCUGUUUAUCUACCUCCUGUUCUAUUUCCGAGUUCCGUAUAUCUACUCACACCAGGAUGCCUUCACCUCCAGCCCCUACUCGGUGGUCACACUAGCCUGUGCCUGUCACACCUGCCACUACAUCAAGAGGUUGAUUGAGACUAUCUUUGUGCACCGGUUCUCCCGUGGUACCAUGCCUCUCAGGACUAUAGUCAGGAACUGUGUAUAUUACUGGACCUUCUCGGCAUGGUUGGCUUACUACAUCAACCAUCCACUGUACACACCUCCAUCGUAUGGGGACAUGCAAGUGAACUAUGCGUUGGCCAUAUUCGUGCUCUGUGAGGCUGGGAAUUUCUCCAUUCACGUGGCCCUCAAUAACCUCAAGGCAGAAGGUGGGCCCAAGUGCAGAAAGUUCCCUCACCCGACGAAGAACCCAUUCACAUGGCUCUUUUUCCUCGUGUCCUGCCCCAACUAUACCUAUGAGGUAGGAGCCUGGGCAAGUUUCUCCGUCAUGACCCAGUGUCUUCCAGUGGCCUUGUUCACCUUCUUAGGGUUGAUCCAGAUGACCACCUGGGCCAAAGGGAAGCAUAAAGCCUACACCAGGGAGUUUAAGGACUACCCCCACCUGCGCAUGCCAAUCCUUCCACUCCUCCUCUGACCACACCGCAAAAGGUUAACCAUUCCGACUAAGGAGUAUUGGAGGCAUCAGCCUGCCUGAAAAUGCUGUGGUGAUUGGUGGGUUGCUGUGUUCCACACAAAAGCAAGAAGACCCAUUGGCUGUUCCUUCAUCUAGAGUCAUGGCAACGGUCUGUUUUCUUUUUCGACAACCACCAAGGAUAGAUUGAAAUUCACAGAAAAGAUUGUGUCAUCACAACAAUGACUGUUGAUGAACUGCUAAUUAUCUUUUUUUUUAUAUUGAUAAUGUUUAAUUCAAUAAUUGAGACGCAGCUGUAUUGAUGAUUGAUUUCUAUUAUUCAUUUGACUGAUCAUGAUGAUUGAUUGACUGUUACAAUGCAGCUACUAAAAGAUCGGGUGUUGUUGAAAUUCUUCUUCAGACAGUGGAAAUCAUCAGAAACUAUUAUGUUUUGAAUAUAUGAUUGGAGUUAUAUAUAAAUCUACCGUAUUAUUUUGUAAUAAGUUAUUGUGCAUUUCCUAGAAGAAAAGAGAGUAUGUAACUUGUUACGAUAUAUACCUGUUUAGAAAGUUCUCUUGGAACAACAUUUAUUACGGCUGAAAUGUAACAGGGAUAUUUUCAGUUUACAGAGCAGAGAAGGGAAAGUGGAAUGUGUUGACUGAGAAGUGUUCUUGAAGCAGAGAAUUUGAGCAGACGGUCUAAGUUUUAAAAUGGAUUAUUUUCCCCUCUGCAAUGAAGCCGCAGAUGUUUGAAAGUAACAAACGACUUGAUGAAUUAAACGUUGGGAGAAAGUUGAGGCUAAUUUAGUAAUGCGUUACUUAUCUAUCGUUCAAACUAACUACAAUCUGUCAAAUUCUCAGGUGUUACUAGAUGUAAGAGGUACUGAUGCAUCCUGUACAAAUUCUAGACAAUUCUAAUUUCUAGACAAACUAAUUUCU